AAAUAAUAAAAAAGUGCACAAGAUCUACUACUCCAAGCACACCUCUAUGAGCUCUCCGAUCUCGAUGCCUUUCUCUAUCACUUCCUCAAUUCCACGAGCGCGAUCUCACUUUGCCUAAACCACAACGGUAGAAUUCAUUGAGCCGUUGAAGAACUCAAACCAGCGAUGGCUUUCAUGGCGGUUUUGGAGUCGGAUCUUCGCGCUCUCUCCGCCGAAGCUCGCCGUCGCUACCCCGCCGUCAAGGACGGCGCUGAGCAUGCAAUUAUAAAGCUCCGUGCUUUGUCUAGUCCCGGUGAGAUUGCGCAGAAUGAAGACAUACUAAAAAUAUUUUUGAUGGCUUGUGAGGUUAAAACUGUGAAGCUGAGUGUUAUUGGACUUUCUUGCUUGCAAAAGCUAAUAUCUCAUGAUGCUGUUGCUCCUUCAGCUCUAAACGAGAUACUUUCUACACUGAAGGAUCAUGCUGAAAUGACUGAUGAAAGUGUUCAACUCAAGACCCUGCAGACUGUAUUAAUAAUAUUGCAGUCACCUUUACAUCCUGAGACUGAGGACAAUAUGGCUCAAGCUCUUGGUAUAUGUCUUCGGCUUCUUGAAAACAACCGGUCUUCUGACAGUGUACGGAAUACUGCUGCAGCUACUUUCAGGCAAGCGGUAGCACUGAUUUUUGAUCAUGUGGUUUGUGCUGAGACUCUUCCUUCUGGCAAGCUUAGUUCUGGAGGUUACAUCUCCCGCACCAGUCCAGUUAGUGGUGAUGUUAGUUGCAGCAUCAAUCUUUCAGAGUCGUUGGAUAAAUCUCUUUAUGGACGGUCAUCAUUGAUGAGGGAGACCUUAACUAAAGCUGGAAAGCUCGGACUUCGUCUGCUUGAAGACCUGACAGCUCUUGCUGCAGGUGGAUCUGCAAUUUGGUUACGCGUUGGUUCUCUUCAGCGGUCCUUUGCACUUGAUAUACUGGAGUUUGUUUUGUCCAAUUAUGUGGCUGUUUUUAGAACCCUACUUCCUUAUGAGCAGGUUCUGCAGCACCAGAUAUGCUCACUUCUAAUGACUUCACUUCGUACCAAUGCUGAGCUUGAAGGGGAAGCAGGAGAGCCUUCUUUUCGUCGCUUGGUCUUGCGGUCAGUUGCCCAUAUUAUCAGGCUUUACAGUUCAUCCCUUAUCACAGAAUGUGAGGUUUUCCUUAGUAUGUUGGUGAAGGUCACAUUUCUUGAUCUGCCAUUAUGGCAUCGUAUUCUUGUUCUCGAGAUCCUGAGGGGUUUUUGUGUGGAUGCAAGGACAUUGCGGAUUCUUUUCGUAAACUUUGAUAUGCACCCGAAGAACACCAAUGUUGUGGAGGGCAUGGUCAAAGCUCUUGCUAGAGUUGUUUCAAGUGUACAGGUUCAGGAGACUAGUGAAGAGAGCCUGGCAGCUGUUGCAGGGAUGUUUAACAGCAAAGCUAAAGGAAUCGAGUGGAGCCUUGAUAACGAUGCAUCCAAUGCUGCAGUUUUGGUUGCUAGUGAAGCUCAUUCGAUAACAUUGGCAGUUGAAGGCCUUCUGGGUGUUGUCUUUACUGUGGCUACACUGACGGAUGAAGCAGUAGAUUCUGGGGAGAUUGAAUCCCCCAGAUAUGAUUAUGAUCCGCCUGCAAAGUGUACUGGAAAUACUGCUCUUCUGUGCCUCUCGAUGGUUGAUUCAUUAUGGUUGACUAUACUAGAUGCAUUGUCCUUUAUCUUGUCAAGGUCACAAGGAGAGGCUAUUGUGUUGGAAAUACUGAAGGGAUAUCAGGCCUUCACCCAGGCGUGCGGGGUUCUUCGUGCUGUAGAACCUUUGAACUCUUUUCUAGCAUCUCUUUGCAAAUUUACAAUCAAUUUUCCCAUUGAAGCCGAAAGAAGGAGCAGUAUUUUACAAUCUCCUGGGUCAAAACGCUCUGAACCCUUAGUUGAUCAAAGGGAAAGCGUGGUUCUUACUCCCAAGAAUGUCCAGGCUUUAAGAACUCUCUUCAACAUUGCUCAUCGACUGCACAAUGUAUUGGGUCCAUCCUGGGUUUUGGUAUUAGAAACCCUAGCAGCUCUAGACCGAGCAAUCCAUUCACCACAUGCCACCACACAGGAGGUGUCCACGGCUGUGCCUAAGCUUACAAGGGAAUCAUCUGGUCAAUCCAGCGACUUAAAUAUUCUUUCUUCUUUGAAUUCUCAGCUAUUCGAGAGCUCAGCAUUAAUGCACAUCUCUGCAGUAAAAUCCCUUCUUUCUGCCCUAUGCCAACUGUCACAGCAGUGCAUGGCUGGGAUUACAACUGGUUCUGUACCCACAUCCAGUCAAAAAGUCGGAAGCAUAAACUUUUCAGUGGAGAGAAUGAUAUCCAUCCUUGUCAAUAAUCUACACAGAGUAGAGCCAUUGUGGGAUCAAGUUGUUGGCCACUUUCUUGAGCUUGCAGAUAAAUCUAACCAGCAUUUACGAAAUAUGGCCCUUGAUGCAUUAGAUGAAUCAAUAUGUGCUGUUUUAGGUUCGGACCAGUUCCAGGACAACGUAACAACCAGAUCUAGAGCAUCUCAGAGUAUGGAAACUGGACUUGCACAGUUGGGAUCACUUGAAUGUGCUGUCAUAUCCCCACUAAGGGUUCUUUAUUUAUCUACUCAAAGUGUUGAUGUACGUGCUGGAUCUUUGAAAAUUCUUCUGCAUGUUUUAGAGAGGCAUGGGGAGAAAUUACUCUACAGUUGGCCAGAUAUUCUUGAAAUGUUGAGGUCUGUAGCGGAUUCUUCGGAGAAGGAACUUGUUACCCUGGGCUUUCAGAGCCUACGGGUGAUUAUGAAUGAUGGACUUUCCAUUAUACCUGCAGACUGCCUUCACGUAUGUGUAGACGUGACUGGAGCAUACAGUGCUCAAAAGACAGAACUGAAUAUAAGCCUGACAGCAAUAGGCCUUUUAUGGACAACAACUGACUUUAUAGCCAAAGGUCUGAUCCAUGGGCCUGGGGAGGAAAAGGAAACAGGGAUUUCUGAUGUGCAUCCUAUUCUAAAGCAAUUAAAUGGUGAGAAUCCAAAAGAAGAAACAUUCGAUGUAUCGGAUAAUGUGAAUGACCAAGCUCCCUCUAUAAAUAUAGUGGAUCGUGAUAGGUUGCUUUUCUCUGCUUUCUCGUUACUUCAGAAGCUUGGAGCUGAUGAGAGGCCAGAGGUUAGAAAUUCAGCCAUCAGGACACUUUUUCAGACACUUGGAAGUCAUGGGCAAAAACUUUCAAAAAGCAUGUGGGAGGAUUGCCUUUGGAAUUAUGUUUUUCCUACACUGGAUCGUGCUUCUCACAUGGCUGAAACUUCAUCAAAAGACGAAUGGCACGGUAAAGAACUUGGAACUCGAGGAGGAAAAGCAGUUCAUAUGCUUAUACAUCAUAGUCGCAACACAGCUCAGAAACAGUGGGAUGAAACACUUGUGCUGGUCCUUGGAGGCAUAGCGCGAAUAUUACGUUCAUUCUUUCCUUUUCUUAGAAGUUUAAGCAAUUUCUGGUCAGGAUGGGAGUCUUUGCUUUUAUUUGUCAAGAAUAGCAUUUUAAAUGGUAGCAAAGAGGUUGCUAUUGCUGCAAUAAAUUGUUUACAGACACCUGUUCUUUCUCAUUCUUCUAAGGGGAACUUGCCGAGGCCUUACCUUGAAUCAAUACUUGAUGCUUACGAGGUGGUUCUCCAAACAUCAACACACCUGAGUGACAAUGCAGCUAUCAAGGUGAAGCAGGAGAUUUUACACAGUCUUGGGGAACUACAUGUACAAGCGCAAAGGAUGUUUGAUGAUCGUUUGUAUAAGCAGUUGCUUGCAAUCAUAGGUUCAGCUGUUAAACAAGCCAUAAUCAUCAACGAUAGUUCUGAAACUGAAUUUGGACAUGUUCCACUUGUGUUACGCACUGUGCUGGAGAUCCUUCCAAUGUUACGUCCAACAGAGCACAUUUCUUCCGUGUGGCUUAAUCUUAUUAGGGAUUUUUUGCAAUAUCUGCCAAGAUUGAGUUCUGCUGUACAAAAUGAGGAAGAUGACGCAGAGGAAGCCAGCACUAGUGACCAAGUUCCAGAUGAUCACUUGAGGAUAAAACAUGAAACACCUAAUGGGACUGAUUCUAUAUCUUCAAACAGAGUAGAAGGUUCUCCGAGUUCUGGAUUAAAGACAUCUGUAACAGCAGGCAUCCCUAAUUAUAUGUUUGCGGAAAAGCUUGUUCCCUUGCUGGUAGAUCUUUUUCUACAGGCCCCAGCAGUUGAAAAGUAUAUCUUGUAUCCUGAAAUUAUUCAAAGUCUUGGGAGGUGUAUGACGACAAGAAGAGACAAUCCAGAUGGUGCUCUUUGGAGAUUAGCCGUUGAAGGCUUCAAUCGCGUUCUAGUUGAUGAUGCCAGAAACUCGGCUAUAAAUGCCGGACUAGAUUCAGGUGCUAGUAAGCCUGAAAGAACACGUAUAUGGAAGGAAGUUGCCGAUGUUUAUGAAGUAUUCCUUGUGGGUUAUUGCGGGCGAGCUCUUCCCUCUGAUUCUUUCUCAACUGUGGAUGUAAAAACUGAUGAGUCGCUUGAGAUGACCGUCUUAGACAUUCUUGGUGACAAAAUUCUGAAGUCACCAAUCGACGCACCUUUUGAUAUUUUGCAGCGGCUGGUUUCCACCUUGGACCGUUGUGCUUCACGUACUUGUUCUUUACCUGUCGAUUUUGUGGAACUUAUGCCUUCCCACUGCAGCAGAUUUUCCUUGACUUGUUUACAGAAGCUAUUUUCCUUGAGCAGUUAUGACAGCAAAUCCAAUGAUUGGAAUUCAGCGAGAUAUGAGGUGAGCAAAAUUGCAAUCAUGGUACUCAUAACCAGAUGCGAAUACAUCUUGAGCAGAUUUCUGAUUGACGAGAAUGACUUAGGUGGUCGCCCAUUGCCAUCAGCAAGACUUGAAGAAAUUAUUUAUGUUCUUGAAGAGUUGGCUCAUCUGAUAAUUCAUUCAGAUACUGCAUUGGUUCUUCCCUUGCAACCGCAUUUGAAAAGUGCCCUAGAAAAGGAAAAGAAUCAUGACACGCGUCCUCACCUUGUUGUUCUAUUUCCCUCCUUAUCCGAGCUUGUAGUAUCAAGAGAAGCAAGAAUAAGAGGGUCCGUGCAAGUCUUAUUUAGGCUCAUCGCCAAAGAAUUGGGUCUAAAUAGAGUUUCUAUAAGCAGUGAAAAUGCCGAAGAAUUCAUACCAAGUACACAUCAACCCUAAGUUAGUUUCAUGAUCUAAGGUUCUUAUUUAUCUUUUUCAUUUUUUGUCUUUACUGGUGGCGGUUUGACAACGAAUUUUCCAUUAGCGAGGGUCAUAUAGUUUGUACAUUGUAUCAAUUUUGUUGUAUUCAAAACACUACCUCAGGGGUAGUAAGUUCUAAGGAACCAAAUUUCCGAUUCUUUUGAAACCGAAAAAGGUUAUCCGAUUCUUUGGUGCAAAUAUGCUUUCGAAGGCUUUGCGUCUAGUUUCCAAGGCUUUGGAUUGUGGUUCCAACUUAAAUAUGGCAACUUGCCGAUAUACUUUAAUUUGGCUUCAACAAUUUUUUGUUUUGUGCAUACUAUAAUUGUUUCAAAGGCUUGUCCUAGUAAAAUGCUUGAAUCACAUGUGAUUCUAAAGCAUCACUAUUUUCAGUUCUAAUUGUAAAUGCCUGAAUUGCUCAUACUCAUUGGGUUUGUGCGAUAAGUGUGUUAGCAUUUUGCUCAA